UUAUCUCUAUCCUUCUUUCUCGCUCAUUCACUUUCGCGCGCGUGCGCGCCUUUUCACUCGCCUGCCUUUCUUUCUUUAACGCUUCUCCGAAAGUCGCGACUGCUAUCGCACUUUUAAGAUCGCGCGUGUGCUUAUUUCUGCGCUCGCAAGCAAAAGAAAUAUAAUAACGAUGCAUUGGAAUAUGUAUAUUAUACAUAUAUAAAAAAAGAUCGCGUAUAUAGAACAAGAGGUGUUUCACACAUGCGCGCGGAAAUAAAACAGACACAGCCAAUAGCGACACAACGUAGUCCUAGGAACUUUCCCAGCACUCUCCGCGAUAAGUUCAUGCGUCAAAGUGAGACAGUUAUACACAAAAUAAAGAAAGAGAGAGAGAAUAAGUCAUCCUUGCUGUGCUAUCGUAAUUUUUUAAAUAAACUGUUUCGGGGUUUCUUUUAUUGACAAAUUGAACAUGUUUCAUAAUAUCUAUUGACAUGCAAUAAAACUGUUACUCUUUGGCACAAGAGCUUUUGAGGAAUAAUACUACUGUUUUUUGCAAACAACCCGUCUCUCUUUUUUUAUCUUGUCUAUUGUUGUCUCGCUUUCGUGUUUAGCUUUCCUUCGCUUCGGCGACGCAGGCGCUGGUAAUUUCCAUUACGAAGUGAAAAUGGAACUUGGCAUCCCAUCAUAGUUAUAUGUUAGUCAGAGAACGAAUUUCCCUUCGAUUUGACACCUUACAAUCCUCUUUUGCAAGAUGCACUGACAAUCAGAUGACAACAGGUGACAGCAGCAGGCGACAGAUGCGUAAAUACAGGAAGACAGCUGAAAAUUAUAUAUAGCUUAAAAAUGAAUAAUCAUUGAAAAUGAACAAGAACAUGAACUCACCAUCAAAACUCACGGAAUUUGCUCCGUUGAGUCCUGAGGAAAACCAGCCUGUCGGAUCGCUCUUCUCUAGAUUUUUCAACUUCACCAGAAAUUCUCCAAACGCCAGUGAUCCUACAGUAUCCUCUAACAAUGAUGAAUGUAGUUCCUCUGAUUUGGAUUCUUGGAAUCAGCAAGAGAACACAGAACAAAUAUCAAAUGAUGAUAGUACCAGCAUGAUCAAUUUUUCCUUAGACACUGAAGGCCGUAGUUUACCAAAUGUUCUUAAGCGAAUCAGUAAUAUAUUAGCACUAAAAAGUAGUAAUUUGCGCUCUUACAAAGAUUCUCAAUUACGGAGUUACUGGAUUGCAGACAAUGUGAGUAAACAAUGUUAUGAAUGCGGUGAGAGAUUCACAACAUUUCGAAGAAAACAUCACUGUCGAGUAUGUGGACAGAUUUUUUGUUCAAAGUGUUGCUCCGAUCACAUACCAGGAAAAAUUAUGGGAUGCACUGGGGAUCUUAGAGUUUGUACAUAUUGUUGUAAAGUGGUUCUUUCUUAUUUACAAUCAUCUGACAUGAAAAGCGAUUUAUCAGCAGAUUUAAAAGCGUUGCAAGAAGAUCUCCAAGUAAAAUAUGGAAAUGAUUCACCUUUGCUAACUCGAAAGCACACUGACGAAUCCAUAGGUGAUGAAACGUCAAUAUGCCGAAAGCCAAGUAUAGGAUACAUGGAGGAGAAUUAUGCCACCGAACGAUCGAGUAAUAGUUAUUUAACAAUGCACGAACGAUCGCUUGUGUUGCAAAAUUCAGCCUCUUUAAGAAUGAUUUGGGAGGAAUUAUUUCGGUCUAGUCAAGCUAUUCAAUUGCAAACACAUCGAAUUCGAUUGAAAAGUUAUUACAAUUGUUUUUUAGCGAACGAAUUAGUGAAUUGGAUUAUAGCUCAAAAUAAGGCGGCCACUCGUGUGCAAGCAACUGCUAUAGGCGAGGCAUUGUUAGAAGCGGGAUUCAUUGAAUCGGUUAUCGCUGAUAGCGUAUUCACUGAUUCAGCGACUAUAUUUAGACCGGCACAAUUAUCUUCUUUGCAAAGUAUAGAUUUAUUAACGGAAAAGCGAACAAUGUGCGAUGCUCAAGAGCCAGCAUGGGUAAAGACUAUUCCUCAGCAUGAUUCAACUACCGAUUCCGAGAGCGAGACCAAGCCGUCGAACACGCAAUCGCAAUCUUUUGGUCGUUUGCCGUCAUCUAGUUCAAGUUUUUACUUGGAUUUAAAUCUAGAAGCAUCCACUGUCGCUUUAAAAAGACCAACUUCGGAAGAUCUGACAGACUUGAUAUCCGUGGACAGUGUAAUCGAGCAGAAAGAGAUCAAUCUCAAAUCGCACGAUUGCAAUCUCAAACUAUGUGACGAUCUGUUAAACGAUACGCUUCAAGUGCACGAGUUCAAAGAAAAGAAUGGUUGGCACAGACCGACCAAUCUAAGAUCAAACUUCGACGAAUUAAGCGCGUAUGAGCGUUUAACGUCUGCAUACAAAGCGCACGAGGAUUCUCUUAUCAAGCAGCUUCUUAGCAAAGAAGGUUUAUCGCAGACAUGGUCAAACACGAUUUUGUCGAUUGCACAUCAGAUAGUCGAUUACGUUCGACCGGAUUUGAAUCACGAUGCCGAAAAUCUGGAUAUACGACAAUACGUACAAAUCAAAAAGUGUCCCGGCGGUAGCAGAGACGAUUGUCAAAUAGUGUCCGGUGUGGUUUGCAGUAAAAAUAUCGCUCACCGCAGCAUGGACGCCAUGAUCGCGCAUCCAAAAAUCUUAUUGCUGCAAUGCGGACUGAUGUAUCAGCGUGUAGAGGGUAAAUUGAUAAGUUUGGAGCCUGUGAUGUUGCAGGAGAGCGAAUAUCUGGGACACACAGUGGCAAGAAUCACUGCUCUUGGCCCAAACGUGGUACUCGUACAUCGAUCCGUAGCCAGAUUAGCUCAGGAUAGACUCAGAGAGUGCGGCGUAACGCUUGUCUUGAACGUGAAACUGAGUGUACUCAAGCGAGUGGCGCGAUGCACGGGUGCUACUAUUGUAAAUACUAUAGAUGCGCAUAUAAGUGCGAGAUACAUGCUCGGCACGUGCAAGAAGUUUUAUUUAAGAAACUUUUCGGAUGAGCGAAAUAUUAAGACGCUGAUGUAUUUCGAAGGCUGUGUGAAACCGCAUUUGGGCGCGACAAUUUUAUUGCGCGGUGGUUCGCAAAAUGAACUGAAAAGAGUGAAGAACGUCACAUCGAUGAUGAUUUUCGCGGCUUACUCGUGGCGUCUGGAAAAGUCAUUUCUUAUGGACGAGUUUGCCAAACCACCAUUGCUUAAAGAUAAUUCCUUUCUGGACGAAACGUCGCAAAAGGACACGUCGAACAGCGACAAUUCCAAGAAUCUUGAAAAUCACGUUAUCGACGAAGACGCCCACGCAAAAGACGCGAAGAAACCGAAAAUAAAUCAAGAUUACGGAAGUACAGUUGACGGCGAGAAAGUGGCACGAAAUGUCAAGUCAAACAAUCUGAGCGUGUCCACAAAGGAUGAAGAUAUUUAUUGCUCCAAUAAUAUUCUAGGCGCAAAUUCUUUACGAGACGUGUCAUCGAUGCUGGCGGAGGAUUCUGAUCCUUAUGACACUUUAAAAUUAUUUAAGACAAAAUCGAAACCCUGUUCAAAUGACUCGAAAGAUACGGACUCCGUUUCUUGCGAGAACGAUGUAGUUUCACGUAACGACGAUGGAUCCAAGAACGAUAUUUCGGAUGUAAUUUCUAAUACCGCAGAGGAACAUAACGUCGUGACAUCGCUCAUGAGUAAGGAUAUGUGCGUCGAACAAAAGACCGAAGAACUCGUCGACAAGGGAAAAUUGAAGGAUAAGAUAUCUUCCGACGAGAAACGUAUUUAUGGGGAAUUCAUAAGCGACCGAAGCGAUCCGUUGCAUCAGUAUUUAAACGAGGACGACGAAGACGUCUUCAAUCGUUCCAUUUCGAACGAUCAACGCUUGAGCGUUACCGAUUUCCCGCUGUUCAACAAAUUUAAGAAAGCGCUCGAAGGUACUGUACUGAGCGUGUCGCCGUAUUUAAAAUUUUCCAUACCUUAUCUAGAAACCGAACUCGGCCGAAAUUGCGUAUUGAGAAGCUUCUUUCCGCGAGAGAUCUAUUAUUCGGAACAAUUCCUCGACAAUGUCAAGGAAACGAGAACAAACAGCGUGAGCGUGAACGAUCAGGUUGCGUCUGAGAAUUCGCGCGAGCGAAUGAACGUGAAAUUGAAGUCGCAGCAUGCGUUCGUUCAGGCGCGUCUAACCACGGAUAUCGACAGCCGUGAGGUGCAGAGCCUUCUAGCAGAUUUUCGUGCGCGCGGAAGCCGGCUUUACCCGACUCAUAACGUGUUGCUGAAUAAAAUACAGCAUCCAUCGGCGUCAGUUGAAAGUAGCGAACAACAGAUUUCCUCCUGGCCGGAUUGUUUGGAUCCCAACAACCAUCAACGAUUGUCCGUGCUGUUCUGCAGUUUCUCGCACACCGACAACGACACGCCCGCUUUCUGCGUAAAUCCCUGGGUUGUGAACAUGACUAUGUACGGCCAGAACGACAUCGCGCUCGGUCGUUUUCUCGAACGUUACUGCCUGACGAUGGAUUACAAAUGUCCGGCGCAGGCUUGCCGCGCGCAGAUCUCGCAACAUGUGAGACGUUUCACGCACGACGGUGGAUGCGUUCACAUAAGUCUCAGCGAAAUGAAUUCCGAGCCGUUCGUGCAGGAAAAUGCCGAUCAGAUCCUAAUGUGGAGUAAGUGCGUGGUGUGCAAAAGCGUAUCGCCUGUGGUACCGAUGUCGGGCGACACGUGGUGCCUGUCGUUCGCCAAGUACCUUGAGCUACGCUUUUACGGCGGUAUUUACGAAAAACGCGGUAUGGACGCGUGUCAGCAUUCCCUGCAUCACGAUCAUUAUCAAUACUUCACGCGCAAAAAUAUGCUUGCCGUGUUCAAGUUUAGCAAGAUCUCGCAAUGGGAGAUUUCGCUGCCACCGCCGCUAAUUAACAUCAUUUACGAUCCAAAGCAACACGCCAACGUGAUCGAGGAAAUGAAGAGCGUAGCGCUGAAGGGCGACGAGGUGUUCACGGCUAUCAAAGAGAAAUUGAUGAGUCUUCAAACGGACGUAGAAAAUUUGAAUGUUGCCAAACAACAGUUGGCCAAGGACCAGCAAUAUUUCAAGAAUAAAAUCGAGGAGAUUCAGCUCAAAUUGACGUCGCCAACUUUGGAGAACAAGAAACUCGAGGGUAAAACGUCCGAGAGACAAGUGCAAGCGUUGAUGUUCAGAAUCGAGGACGGCAUUGUGAUUCUUAAACGACUCAUCGCGGAAGCUGUGUUCACGUGGAACGGCAAACUGUUGGAAUUAUCAGCCAAAAAGAAGGACGAGCGACCGCGUCGGUUCACUGAGCGAUCCAUGACAGCCGGCAGCGUGGUCGAUACUGAUGGAUACAUAACCGAGGAUACCGCAUCGGAGUCACAGAUCGAGGACUUGAGUCCCAUGUCGGCUGAUUACAACGCUGUCGAUGCGAUCGCAGCGGCGCAGAACGAUUUCCAGUCCGAGACAGUUGAGACUUCCGACAACGAGCUCUUGGAAUCCACCAAUAAUCCUGACGAGGUCGUUACUAUUCAGGAUUCACCUAAAGUUCAUCAAAGAUCGCAUUCCGAUGUUCUUCCUUUAUCGUCGGACGAAAUACCUGAUAAGAAGAAGAAGAAAAAGACAAUUCUCUCGCAGUUACUGCCUUCCGUUUCUGUGAAUCAUACAAUAACAAAUCCUCUAGGGCCUUUGGAACAUUACCUGCUGCCGCUUGGGUAUAUAACAUCGGUGGUUCCCAUAGUGGUUUAUGAGUCCGAACCUUCGUCCAUAAUUGCCUAUGCGUUGGACUCGCACGAUUACAAACACGCGCUGCAGGAAUUAUCGCGUGCAACGAAAGGACAGGACUUCAACUCCAGUCCAUUGAGUAAGCGUAAAUUUUCCGAAGGUAAGGACAAUACGCUCGAUCUGGCGCAAUCGGGUGAUUUCAAGCGACCGUCCGUGCUCUCCUUCUUCCGCGGCAACAGUCCGAAUCCGACUAGCAGCCCCAUCGAAUCUGACAAGACCAUGUCGAGCGUGGAAUCGAACAGCGGCGCCGUCGGUACCGACAUUGACGACGACAAGAAGGCGAUUAAGCAGCAAAAUUACAUCGAAGUGCAGUUCAACGACAUCACGACCAAUUUCUUCUGCAGAAUAUACUUUGCCGCGCAAUUCGCCGCUUUGCGAGAAAACGUUCUUCCCUGCGGUGAAGAUGGUUACACAAGAAGUCUAAGCCGGAGCGUGCAAUGGGCGGCGAGAGGUGGGAAAAGUGGUAGCGCUUUCUGCAAGAGCAGAGACGACAGAUUUAUUAUAAAAGAAAUGUCACGGCUCGAAAUGCAGAUCUUCCUCGAUUUUGCGCCUAAUUACUUUGCUUACAUGGAAAAGUGUCAGCAAACCAAACAGCCGACGUUACUGGGCAAAAUAGUCGGUGUAUACAGAGUAUCGUUUAAGAACAACACAACGAACGCGGCGCUUCGUACCAGCGUGCUGGUGAUGGAAAAUCUGUUCUACAAUCGUGUUAUCACCGACAAAUUCGAUCUGAAGGGAUCCGUGCGAAAUCGUCUGGUGAAUCCGGACGACACGUGUCACGAGGGUGAACUGGUAUUGCUGGACGAGAAUCUAUUGAACAUGAGCUGUGAUUCUCCUUUGUACAUCCGAUCGCAUUCCAAAGCGGUAUUAAACCGCGCCAUCGAACAAGACACCAAAUUUCUGGCGAAUAAUUCUGUAAUGGAUUACUCGUUGCUGGUGGGCUUGGAACCGAAUUCCGACGAACUUGUGCUUGGUAUAAUAGAUUACAUAAGAACGUUUACUUGGGACAAAAAAUUGGAGACCAUGGUGAAGAAAUCCGGUAUACUGGGAGGUCAGGGUAAACUGCCGACCAUAAUAUCGCCGGAAGAGUAUCGCGCCAGAUUUAUAGCCGCGAUGCAUCGGUACUUCUUGCCGGUGCCGGACAGAUGGUCGGGUCUAGGUGAAAGCGUCGAAAUACCGCCAGAAUAAACGUUCCAAAGAUUGAGACACGCCAUGUUUCACAUGUAAUAAUGGUUUUACACAAAAUGUACAUACGUUUCUACAAAAUAUUUAAAAUUCUCGAGACUGUAUUCCACAAGAGCACGCGCAUACGCUGUCGUGUUACAUUUAAGUAAACCAUAUAUGUAUAGAGAACGGCUUUUUUUGUUUUUGUGAUACAUCUUUUUGACAACGGCUGCUUCGAGUCUAAAGUACAAAGAUGUCAUUUAAAGCUAGAUCGUGAGAUUAGAAACACCAUCGUACGAUAUAUCGUGUAUAUUUUCUAUAUAUUACGAUAUAUCGUUUGUGUGUGUGUGUGUAUCAUACAUAUAUAUAUAUAUAUAAA